UGGGUCAGGAGACAGACCUGUCUCUAGACCGGCUACCGAGCCACUCUCCUCGCCAGUACUUCUUCGCCUGGCUGCUGAAGAGGCGGAUGUCUCCCCCGUUCCUGACCGCCCUCUGUUAGCUCUUCCUCACUGUACAGUGGGGCUCGAGCCCACAGCAUGCGAUACUUCGCUUGGUGAGGGAACACCAAAGGACAGGGGCAGGUAGAGGACACGUGAUUUCAGUGGGCUUGCUCCCCGGGCCAUGCCAACUAACGGUUGUGUCUGACGUACCCACCGACCGUUGGCUGUAGUGUCAGAGGUGACCUGGGAAGAGGAAGACGACCGAGCCAACCAAUCGAUGACGGCAGGGUUGUCGGUGGAGACACGACCGCUGGAUGACACCGGGAGCUCGCUCCUGAAACAUUGCCUCCUCUGCCACUCCUCUGCUAACAAUUCUGUGUCCCUGAGUAACAAUUUUGUGUCCCUCAGUAACGAUUCUGUGUCCCUGAGUAACGAUUCUGUGUCCCUGAGUAACGAUUCUGUGUCCCUCAGUAACGAUUCUGUGUCCCUCAGUAACGAUUCUGUGUCCCUCAGUAACGAUUCUGUGUCCCUGAGUAACGAUUCUGUGUCCCUGAGUAACGAUUCUGUGUCCCUGAGUAACGAUUCUGUGUCCCUCAGUAACGAUUCUGUGUCCCUGAGUAACAAUUCUGUGUCCCUGAGUAACAAUUCUGUGUCCCUCAGU